AUGGUCUUCAUUGAGGCAGGUUACUGUCACCCUCUUGAGUACCAGGAUGAUGGUGGACACCUGGAAGCAAAAGGGACAGUGGACUGUCUGUUAGAACUGCAGUUAACUGGGCUGUACAGUCCUUCAGCACCCGACCAGGGUCCACCUGGUCCUAAAGGUGACAAGGGUGAUCAAGGAGACCAGGGGCCAAGGGGUCUGCCCGGCUCCCCUACUGUGGCGGCUCUGCACAGUAAUCAGAUCCUCACUGUCAAGGGUGAUCAAGGACAAGCUGGCCCACCUGGUCCACCAGGGCCUCCUGGCCCUCCAGGCCCCCGUGGUCCUCCGGGUGACACCGGAAAGGAUGGUCCUCGAGGAAUGCCGGGAGCACCUGGAGAAACAGGAUUAACAGGUCAACCUGGAUUGAUGGGACCUCAGGGACCACCAGGACAAAAGGGCUCGAUAGGAGUCACUGGUGUGCCUGGCUUUCAAGGACAGAAGGGCGAACCUGGAUUGACUGGAAAGGACGGUGAACCAGGUUCCAAGGGUGACGUUGGAAGUCGAGGUGAGAAGGGCGACGCCGGUCUAAAAGGUGACAAAGGAGAAAAGGGUGACCCUGGAUCAUCAGCUGCAGGAAUAAAGGGAGAACCAGGUGAAACCGGAGCUCGUGGACAAAAGGGUGAACCAGGUCUUCCUGGGCUUCCUGGACUCCCUGGGAUAAAGGGUGAGCCUGGCUUUUGGGGUCCUCAGGGAGAACCUGGGUUGCCGGGGUUACCAGGAACAAAGGGAGAGAAAGGAGAUGGAGGGCCACCUGGAAGAGGUGAAAUCGGCCUACCCGGACCUUUAGGGCCCAAGGGUGAGCCAGGUGACCUGGGGAUGCCAGGACGGCAGGGAGCAAAGGGUGACCGUGGAAACGAUGGGGAAAUGGGCCUUAUGGGACCAAGGGGUCCACCUGGGCAGAAGGGUGAACAAGGGGUAACCGAGAUCAUUGACUACAAUGGUAACAUUCAUCAAGCUCUACAGGGUCCACCAGGGCCUCAAGGAUCUCCAGGAAUGCCAGGACCAAAGGGAGACAUGGGGAACCCUGGUUCACCUGGAGCCCCUGGAAUACAGGGUCCCAAAGGCUCUAAAGGUGACAUCGGUGCUCCAGGAGAUAAAGGAAGCAUGGGCUUUCCUGGAUUAUCCGGUAUCAAUGGAGAAAAGGGAGAAAAAGGUGAGAAAGGAGAUCACGGGAUGGCUGGUCCAAAAGGCUCUUCAAUCGUAGGACCCCCAGGAGCCACUGGUUCACAAGGCCCACCAGGUCCAAUGGGACCACAUGGUCUUCCAGGACCCAAGGGUGCAUCUGGCUUAGAUGGACUGCCAGGACAGCGGGGUAUGGAUGGUGCAUCGGGGCCCCCAGGCCCAGCAGGCCCAAAGGGAGACAGAGGUGAUAAAGGAGGUCUUGGUAACCCUGGGCCAAGAGGACCUACAGGUUUACCUGGCUUUUCUGGUCCUAAAGGAGAUAGAGGAGAGAGGGGAGAAAAGACGUUCGAGGGUGGAGCCAAUGGAAUAGCACCUUCAGUUCACCUGUGGUGA